AUGGCUACUGGAUUCGCUCCAGCUUCCUUUACAAGUUUAAAGAACAGAGACAAUGGGUUGGGGUUUGCAAAAGCUUCAGAUUUUGUCAAAGUUUCAGACCUUAAGAGAGUUAAGUUUCAGAGAACCAAGAUAACAGUGAUAAAAAACUCAAACCCUGGUUCAGAUAUUGCAGAACUCCGACCUGCUUCUGAAGGGAGCCCACUAUUAGUUCCUGUUCAGAAGUAUUGUGAAUCCACUCACAAAACUAUCAGGAGGAAAACCUGCACUGUUAUGGUUGGAGAUGUUGCUCUUGGUAGUGAACACCCCAUAAGAAUUCAAACAAUGACCACAACUGAUACCAAGGAUGUGGCUGCAACUGUGGAACAGGUGAUGCAAAUAGCUGAUAGAGGAGCUGAUAUUGUUCGCAUAACUGUACAAGGCAAAAGAGAAGCAGAUGCAUGUUUUGAAAUCAAAAAUACCCUUGUCCAAAAGAAUUACAACAUACCUCUAGUGGCAGACAUUCAUUUUGCUCCUUCAGUUGCACUCAGGGUUGCUGAAUGCUUUGAUAAAAUCCGUGUCAACCCCGGAAACUUUGCUGAUCGAAGGGCUCAGUUUGAGAAGUUGGAGUAUACUGAGGAAGAUUAUCAACAAGAACUUGAACAUAUUGAGAAGGUUUUUGUUCCAUUGGUUGAGAAAUGCAAGAAAUAUGGAAGGGCAAUGCGUAUAGGAACAAACCAUGGAAGUCUUUCAGAUCGUAUCAUGAGCUACUAUGGUGAUUCUCCUAGAGGAAUGGUUGAGUCUGCAUUUGAGUUUGCAAGAAUCUGUAGGAAGUUAGACUACCAUAACUUUGUGUUUUCAAUGAAAGCAAGCAACCCAGUGAUUAUGGUGCAAGCAUAUAGGCUUCUUGUAGCUGAAAUGUAUGUUCAGGGGUGGGAUUAUCCUUUGCAUUUGGGAGUUACUGAAGCUGGGGAGGGUGAAGAUGGACGUAUGAAAUCUGCAAUUGGCAUUGGAACUCUUCUUCAGGAUGGGCUUGGUGAUACCAUUAGGGUUUCCCUUACAGAACCACCAGAGGAAGAAAUAGACCCAUGUAGAAAAUUGGCAAAUCUUGGUAUGAAAGCAGCUCAAAUUCAACAAGGAGUGGCACCAUUUGAAGAGAAGAACAGACGUUAUUUUGAUUUUCAAAGGAGAACUGGUGAUUUGCCUGUGCAGAAGGAGGGUGAAGAGGUAGAUUAUAGAGGUGCACUUCAUCGCGAUGGAUCUGUUCUCAUGUCUGUUACACUUGAUCAGUUAAAGACACCAGAACUGUUGUAUAGAUCAUUAGCAACAAAACUUGUUCUUGGUAUGCCAUUUAAGGAUCUUGCAACUGUUGAUUCUAUCUUGUUGAGGGAGCUUCCACCUGCAGACGAUAAAGAUGCUCGGCUAGCUCUUAAGAGGUUGAUUGAUGUAAGUAUGGGAAUAAUAACUCCUUUAUCAGAACAAUUAACAAAGCCUCUACCCAAUGCAAUGGUUCUAGUAAAUCUGAAGGAGUUAUCAACUGGAGCUCAUAAACUUUUACAAGAAGGCACACGUUUGGUGGUGAGUGUACGUGGUGAUGAGGCUUAUGAAGAGUUAGAAGUUUUAAAGACAAGUGAUGCUACGAUGAUUCUUCAUGAUCUUCCAUACAAUGAAGAAAAAACUGGCAGAGUACAUGCUGCUAGGAGGCUAUUUGAGUAUCUCUCAGAGAACUCACUGAAUUUCCCUGUGCUUCACCACAUACAGUUUCCAAAGGGAAUUCCCAGGGACGAUUUGGUAAUUAGUGCGGGUGCGAAUGCGGGUGCGCUUUUAGUUGAUGGACUUGGAGAUGGUAUUUUACUAGAAGCUCCUGAUCAGGACUUUGAGUUUUUGAGGAACACGUCUUUUAAUUUGUUACAAGGAUGCAGGAUGCGCAACACUAAAACGGAAUAUGUGUCGUGUCCGUCUUGUGGUAGAACUUUAUUUGAUCUUCAAGUGAUAAGUGCAGAAAUUAGAGAAAAAACAUCUCAUUUGCCUGGUGUUUCGAUUGCGAUAAUGGGUUGCAUAGUGAAUGGACCAGGGGAGAUGGCGGAUGCGGAUUUUGGAUAUGUUGGUGGUGCUCCUGGGAAGAUUGAUCUUUAUGUUGGAAAGACAGUGGUAAAACGGGCAAUUGCAAUGGAGAAUGCAACAGAGGCGUUGAUCCAGCUAAUUAAAGAGCAUGGACGUUGGGUUGAUCCUCCUGUUGAAGAGUGAAGAUACCGAUAUAUAUUUGGUUAAAUAAAGCAAAUAAAAAGUGGUGAAAUGGAAAUUUGGGGUUAAAAGGAAAUACACGAGAAAAGAAGGAAGAUUAUUGUGGGUGAUGAGAUAUUUGAGAUGUAUAAGAUUAAGGAAAACGAAAGAGAAAUGGAAAUAUUUAGAUAUAUAUAUUGUGUGUUAUGAAAAUUGUUGUAUUGUUGUAUAAAUACUGACUCAUACUGUAGUCGCAUGUGGAAGGAAAAUAGAAGUAAGUUAUUUUAGCAUUGAAGAGUGUUUGUUCAUGUGGCAAAAUGGUCAUUUACCAGACCAACAGUGUACGUUUUAACAGAAAAGUCAUUUUCACUAUCUUCCAC